AUGUUGCUCUCUGCUUCUGUGAAUUCCAUCUCAUCCAUCCCUUCUCCAGUGUACCAAUGCAAAAAGGCUUUGCGCCGGAACAUAGCUGUGAACUGCUCGCUCACCCUCCUGAACAUCUCCUGGAUUGAUGUGGAGUUGCCCACAAAAGUUGAUGACAUCUUCAGACCCUUUGGUGGAAUAUCACAUACACUGGAUUUAACAUUGUUAGGGAUCCAUUCUACAAAGUAGGAAGAAUUUUUGUUCUGGACAUUAAUGAUCUGUUCGUCCACCUCUUUGGUGCUCAUCUUUCCCCUAAACAUGGCCGAGGCUGUCAGGUAG